CAGAGAAACGGGAACGGAUUCGUCGUCUGCGUGGACGACGCCGCUGGAAGGGCAUGUCGAGAGACAGAAGAGAAAAGAGAAAUGUUUAUACACGGUCUCGACAGACGAGAGAGAGGUGCAGAGUUUUGUCUUUCUCUCCGGACGACUGUGCCUCUGCGUGCCUGUCGUCUAGAGUCAGCUCUGCGGUCGAGGAAGGAGAAGAAAGGAGAAAAAAAUGAAAAGAGAGGAAAGAAACACGAUAUCAGGGAAUGAUUGCCGCAGAGGAAAAUGGUUCCCGAGAGCUUCCCCGCGAAAAUGAGAAACGAGAAGUGACUCGUCUCCUUUGAUGGGUCGGAAGCCGCUCGAUGAGAGUUCAUCACUUUUUGACAUUUCUGACCUUUUGUCUCCCCUCAAUUUCACAGUUCUUCAUUUAUUUCUCCUCUUUCCAAGGAGCAGAGGCGCCUUUCCCUUCGCAUCUUCUUCUUGUACUUGUCGUCUCCCCUUCAUCGGACCACCGCCGCUGACGUCUCCUCGCCGUCCUCCUCUUUGUCUUUUCCUACUUCUCCUUUCUGUCGUUUCCUUCGCUUCUGUCCUUUCCUCCAUCUCCUUCGGCGUUUUUCUUUUUUUUGUGCAUCUGCUUCUUCGUCUUCUACUCCUUGCUGUUCCGCUUUCGCCUGUCCGUACUUCUGCUUUGCAGUCUCCUCUCCUCUUCUUCUCUCCUCUUCUUCUUCUCUCCUCUUCUUCGUCUCUCCUCUUCUUCUCUUCUCGUCUUUUUCCCUCUUCUUCUCUCCUCUUCUUCUCUCCUCUCCUUCCACGAUGGAGCGUCUCCCGCCUUCGAUUUCGGCAUCUACGCGUUCUUCGUCUCCGCCAGCUUCGACUGUCGGGGUUUCUCGCCUCUCGCCCGACAAGCGUCGAAUGUUCAAUCCGCGGAUUGAUCUCCCCCCCGUCGACCCUUCGGACGUUUCCUCGCUCUCGUCGGUCUCUUCCUUCGCAUCUCCGCCGCGUCCUGUCGGCCGUAGUCUGCUUCCCUCAUCCCCUGCCAAUCCAAAUCUCACUCUCUUCGACGAUGCCGACGACUUCUCCGACUCCGACGAGGCGCUGCCUUCCUCACUGCCGUCGCGUCUCACCCGCCCCCGCUGCGUCUCCAGGUGUACGUACAGCGCGCGAGCCCUAUCGGAGAUGGUUCUCCCUCCUGUGACUGCCUCUCCUGGCGCCUCGCGGUUCGUUCUGUGCACCUUCUUCUACUCUUUUCUCCACGGCGCAACCGACCAGCUGCUGCCUGCAGCGUACAAAGCGUUGGAGGCUCAGCUCCACUUCUCACCCACGGUUCUCGGCAGCGCUUCCUCUCUCGCCAGACUCGCGCAUGCCUUCUGCUGCCCGCUCUGGGGGGUCGCCGUCGACGCUCUCAGCGGCCCAGCGUUCGGCCGCGGAGACGCUCGCCUUUCAGCUUCUCGGACGGCGCCUGCCUUUGCAGAUCCCGACGCGAGCGACGGCCGAGAUGGAACGGAACUCAUUCUCCGCGUCUCCUGCGUCGGCUGGGGUGUAUGUACACUCCUCCUCGCGCUCCUGACCCACGAAUGGCAGCUGAUGCCGCUGAUGCUCGCCUCGGGCGUUUUGAUGGCCGUGCUCGGCCCCGUUUCGCAGAAGAUUCUCGGCGAACUGGUCUCGAGCGAAAAACGCGGAACUGCCUUUGGCAACAUGAGUUUCUUUCAGAGCACAGGCCGCAUGCUCGCUGUCAUGCUCACCACUGGCCUCUCCGCGAUGGUCUUCUCCGGCGUCGCAGGCUGGCGCGUCUCAUUCGCCUUCGUCGGCUGCCUCUCGGUGGCCUUCGGCAUUGCCCUCUCCUGGCUGCUUUCUCCGUCUCCGUCUUCUUCUCUGUCUUCUUCGACUUCUCCGUCUCGGUCUGCUUCCCUCUCGUCUUCGCCUGCGUGUCUGCCAAAGACAGUCUGUGGAGCGGAAGGCUGCAUGCAGAAGGCAAAAAGGCAUGCAGCCGCGCUUUUGAGUCUCGGCUACGUCUUUCGGACCCCGAGCUUCGGUGUCAUGCUCCUCCUCGGAGUGUUGAACGGGAUGCCGAGGAGCGCGUUGAAUUUCAUCGUGAUGUUUUUCCAGUACUGCGGCUUGGCGGACUGGCAAGCCUCGUUCACUGUCUCCGCGAGCUGGAUAGCGGCGAUGUUGGUCGCGCCCGUGGUGGGGCGUCUCGGAGACAAGGUGCACCGCUUGUAUCCAAAUAAAGGGCGGCCUGUGCUGGCCCAGCUGGCGAUUCUGACGCGCGCGCUUCUCAUGUUUCUCGUCCUCUCCGUAGUGCCGAAGCGCGCGAGCAGCUUUCCACUUUUCCUCGGUCUCUCCACCCUCAUCGGCUUCAUGGCAGGGUGGCCGGGGGUCGGCGUCAACAGGCCGGUUUUGACGGAGAUCGUUCUGCCGAGACACCGCGCAACAGUCUUCAGUCUGUUUUCGACGAUGGAGAGCAUUGGCUCUGCUCUCCUUGGAGCUCCCGUGGUAGGCAUGCUGGCGCAGCAGGCGUUUGGGUACACGAAGCCGCUGCGGAAACACCGUUCGUCCUCCUCUUCUUCUCCGUCGUCGUCUCCCGCGCUCCUUUCUCUCUCGUCCUCUUCGUCGCCUCCGCCCUCUGUUUUCUCUGAUGGAGGAGCGCAGGGCGACAGCGCGUUCCCUCCCAAUCCGAGUGAAGAAGAGGUGAAUGCCGAGGCGCUUGGAAAGGCGCUUCUGUGUACGACGGUCGGCCCGUGGAUCGCCUCCGUGUUCGUCUACUUUCUGCUGCACUGGACGUACACCACAGAUCGCGUUGCUGCGAACCGACGCAAGGAAAUCGAGGAAAGAGAGGCUGAGCGCGAGGCAGCGGCGCGCGCGCCGGACAGCGCCGUCGAGCUGGGGUGUCUAGACGCCCGACGCGAGGGCGCGGAAGCGGGUGGAGCCUUCACGAAAUGGCCUGACGAAGCGGAAGAGAAGCAGCUGGGGAAGACUCGAGGCGGCUACUCGGUUGUGGCGACUCGCGAAAUGCCCUCAGAAGAAGGAAGCCGCUGGGACACAGACGAAGAGGACGGCGAGACUGGCGGUGGCGGAGGCCAAGCGUAGUGUGAGAGGCAAGCGCGGGAGUGCGAAGGUCCUGAGAAGGCGGGAGAGCGAGGUCUGCAGGCAGCCAAAAGACGGUCGACUCUUGCAGUUCGCGCGGAAGCUUUUCGGCGGGCGGUUCUCGACACAGAGGUCUCCGGCGCCUCGGCGCCUCGCGAGCUGUGCGAUGGCGGUGGGGAACGCGAGAGGCCGACAAGCGUCUCUGUGUUCUUUCUAUCCUAGUGACUGUUUCUCCCCUCGCAUCGGGAGGGAGACACAAACUGCGUCCGUAUCGGGCGUCAAGCGCUGAGGAUGCAGGCUUUCCAGGCGUCUCAUGAAGGCCUGAAAUUCGCGAAAGGCCCUGGAGAUCGACGGAGACGAAAAGGAAAGUCGCACGCGAGACAGACUGUUUGCAGCUCUCCAAAUGGCCGAUACGUCGAAUAAAUGGUGAAGGAAAGGCAAAUCGGAAACGUCCACAUUUCAGAAGAAGGCAGAUCGACAGAGAGGACGCUGAUGCACGCCAGCAGUGGCUCUUCGCGUGAGGCGUCCUCGCCCUCUCUGUGCGUUGCCUUCGCCCCCAUCUCGGCAUUUGCUUUUCUUUCCUACUUCGAAGAAAAGGCGCGUGGAAAAAAAACACAAACAGUCGACGGACAUGCUCGAAACCGUGAGACACAGCCAGGCGUUGCACCGCUCGCAGAUAACCGGACAGUCUUCUGUCUACAGUCGUGUAUACCGAUGAUGGUCUGUAUUCAUAUAAAACGGAAUGCCAUAGAAAUGUAUGUAACAGUGUUACCUACGUCCUACCGGCGCAGCAUAGAGAUCAUACACUUACACACGCG